AUGUAUAUGAAAUGGUUUGAUACAGUAAUGUUAUACUAUGUGAGUUUAGUGAUUUUAGCGAGUGUCACUUUUUGUCGUUUUCAAAUUUCCCGCCGUUCCGUCCCCCGUAUGUCCCGACGCUCGCAGGGGACGGAACCCAGAUGACAGAUGCUGGCAUCCGCCAGAUUCUAUUGCUGGGGACACUGCAGGAGGGACAUCGCGGGAGCGCAGGACAAGGUAAGUGAUCGAGGGAUCCCGGAGCAGCGCUGCAGGGUAUUCCCAAUUGUAGCUCGGGGUUACCGCUUGUGCUACACUCGGGAAUACCGCCAGAGAGGU